AUGAAUUACAUCUUUCUAAUAUGGACUCUCCUCCCCUUGAAAUCCUUUGCUUUCAAGGAUUCCACAUUCGACCCCGAAUACAACUUCCGUCUUAGGAACAUAACGGGCUUGCCGUAUUUCCUCUACUCAUGGAUUGGAUCGUACUAUAACGGCACCACAACAUUCAACUUGGAAUAUCUCCUAGAUGGCAAUGGCGAUCAGGUGUGCCGUACCUUUCGAAAUAAAACCACAAUAUUCGCAUCUGAAUCUAUACUGGCCGUGACAAAGACAAACCCCGAUGACGAGGGAAAGAAUCCAGUACAAAUUGCUCUCAAAUCGGCAUUAACAGACUUUGACUUUGUCCACGCUUCCGAUAUGGGAAACGAAGAAAGAAACUUAAGGCACAUAAUUCCAGGCUACACAAGUGAAUCGCAUAAGCCCUACUUCAAUUUUUCGCUCGCAAACGAUCUCGGUCCGCCGUACCACAUCACAGGAGUAUCUAAUGACACUGGACGGGGUAUCAAGACUGUGGAGAUGAACAUGAGUUCCUGUGAUGAUCCGGCCGAUACAUGGUGGGGUCUUACCUUCCUAGACCAGGGCAAUUAUAACCCGGAAAAGAUUCCUAUCACAGAGCCCAUAGCCAGUGUAAUGUUCGAUAACCAAUCGGCCAGUUUCUCUCUUAAUGGCUGGUUCUUGAUCAAUAAUGAGAAAGGGGAUGCUAUGUAUGGAGAAGGAUUGAUUGAAUUUCUGGGGAAGAUAGACCCUCUUCACUCGGACAUUUCGAACAAGGGAGGCAACCCUUCAUGGACUCCAACGCUUGGAUUUGGGAAUAACUCAAUGAACAUGAGAUUUGGGGAGGAGUCCCAGGAGUCAGUAGCAUUCCGUAAUGGUGCCCGCGAAUGGUUGAUUCUCUGGCCACUUGUUGGCCUUAUAUUUGGCUCUCUCAUUUAG